ACCAGCUUUAUCCACCACGCGCAGAAUGAACAGAUCCUCUCGGAACGCUUCAGGGAAUAAAACAUCUUGAAUCGGAGAUGAAGAAGACAUUUCAAUUAACUUCGAAAACUCAGAAGUUACAAAAAGCUUUCAUCUGUGCCAACACGUUCAUUUACGGUCCAAUGAAAACAUUAUUGUGCUUGGUUCGGAUUUAACCCCAUCACACUCAUGGCAGCAUGUUUGACAAUUUCUUUCAUCAAAUUGACAAAGAGCUUGAACCUCUUAAUCCUGACUGGUUUGAGGAGUUGACUGCAAAAGCUUCCAGAGAUGAAGGACGUCCUAACGGUUCAAAAGGUGAGGAGGAGGAGAAGACUGUCAAAGUACCAGAGACAUCAGCCCUGGCCAGUCAGCUGUUUUCUACACCCAAAAUAUUCAAGCAGCCACACUUUGAGUCCCCUGCUUCCAUUCCUAAUGAAGAGUCUCCUUAUGAAGCGGUUAAUGGAGACUCAUCAGCAUUUCCCUGGACAGAAUCAAGCCCUUGUUUGUUUGGUUCAGCCAAAGACAGUCAAAGGUUUGAUAGAUCCUGUGAAAAACCUAGAGAUAGCUUUGGCCUUCUGGAUACACCAAAAAGGUCUUUGGCACGCUCGGCAAAACAGAUAUCUGAGAGCCUUGGGGCACAAAUCAACCCUGACUUAUCCUGGACCAGCUGCUUUAACACACCAUCUUCUUUGACUCCCGCUGUGAUAUUGCCUGAAACAGAGGAACGCGCUCCAUCAGUAAGUGGCCUCAAAGACAGGGAAGCAAUUUUUGUGCGGAAACUCUUCCCAUCUCUCUCGAAAGGCUCUGCGAGCAAUGCAACAUUGAAUGAUACAACACUAGAACAAGAGGUGAUAGCCGAAAGUGAGACUCUUCAGUCUGAUGACCUGGGAGAAAAGCCUGUUUGCUCUCCAAAUUCAUCUCUUGAUACAAGUGGUCUGUGGAAGCAGAAGGUUCCCAGCGCUAUAGAGGAUGGGGACGUCCGCAACACAGUGCAGAAUGUUCUUGAUGGUGCCGAGGACGUGUUGUCAAUAUUCUUUAGCAACAGCACUUCAACUCUGCGAAGAAUCAAAACCAAAGAGAGGAUCAGAAGGAGAAUAACAGAUUCCUCAAAAGAUGUCAAAUCAGUUGUUCUAUCUUCAGAGUCAGAAGAGAUAUUAAAGGGUGAUGUAGAAACAAAAAGCCCCUGCAAAAACAAAGAUAUCACUCAAUGGACCCCCCUAAGUUUAUCAGAAUCCACUCUUAAUGGAGACUGUUCGGACGCGUCUUUGAUAAACAAUCACAGCACUGUAGCAUCCAGUGAAAUUAAUGGUUGUACUGUUUUCAACUGCAUUGCAGAAAGUAGCCAAACUUUUUCACAGACUGUAAGACUCAAGUCUUAUCCAGAAGGAGCUCAGUGUCAGAAGUCUUUGUUAGACAAAUCGCCUGCUUUCAUGCUUUCUAGAAAGUCCAGAAAGUUUGUGUAUCAAGUGCCAAGUUCAGAUCUGUCAAAGACAGUAAUUGGACCCAAAGAAACUCAACCAGUAUGUUUCGACCAAACGCUCAAAGAAAAUCCCUCAGUGGAAGAGGUGUCUAGUGACCUUAAUGAAUCCACAGUCGCCAGUGAAAAUGCAAUCAAUAAUCAUACACAGCCACAAGACUUCAAACCGUUAUCUACAGAAAUCCAUGAUCUUGAUCUAGGACUGGCUAUGACGCCGCUUUCCAAGGCAUUUGCAGAGGAUUUCACACAAGAAAUAAUGCCAGGAGCACUGCUUGACGUGGCUGUACAGAGUGAUCAAAAUGGCCAAAUGCAACAUAAAGCAGAACUUGAGGAGAAGAACAAAGAUGGUAGUCACAGUGACAUUUCUAAUUUAGCAGACAUAUCUGUGAACUCUCAAAACAAGUCAACAGUCAUGCUUACAACUUUUGAAAUCAGUCACGACAGUGGUUGCCCCACCACCUUUUCAGAUUUGGAUGGUACAACAACCUCGUGUGUUUUUCCUUCUUUUAAAAUGGCAAACAACAAGGCCAUUUCCAUACCGAAUAAGGCUAUAAUGAAGGCCAAAGCAUCAUUAGAUGAAGCUGCAAGGGAUGUUUUGAUCAACACCUUAAAUGGAACUACUCCAAAACAUUAUCAAACGAUAGAAACAUUGUGCAAAUCAGUUUCGGGAAGCACUAAUGCAAACAGAUCGCCCAUAGAACAAUCCAUCUUCCCUAACCAUGCGUCAAGACUGUGUGUUAGUGAUGCUCCAAGGAGUGACAGUCCAAAGAGCUUUAAAAUUAAUAUUUCAAGCUGUUCUUCACCACAGUCAAAUGAAUCCGAUUAUAAAACCGGUUCGAAGAGGAAUAUUACAGUUUCAAAUGUUGGCUUUCAAACAGAGACUCUUUUGAAAGAGGAAUUGGGGAGAGGUUCAGACUCAUCAAAGUGCAUUCAUCAAAAAUUGGAUUUCAAAAGAAGUGCUGAAAGGCAGACUAUGUUCAACAUUAGCAGCACACACAAACCCACCGCAGUGGACUCCAGCCGUGAAGAUGAUGAGAACAAUGGCACUUUGACAGCAUCUCAAAAGGCUGAUGUUACAGAAUUGUGCAAUCUUUUGGAGGAAGCAAAUAGUCAACAUGAAUUUACCCAGUUCAAACCAACAUAUCAUGGCUCAGACAACCACACUACAGAGAAAGAGUGGGAUCCCGAUAUACUGUACGGCAUCGACUUUGAUGAUAGUUUUAACUGUGAUGUUGUGAAAGGAAAGCAUCCCGUCAAGACGGACUCUUCUUCAGUAAACACUUCUGAUCAUAUUCAAAUUGUAGAUGCUGCCAAAUUACCAUGCACCAUGUCAAAGGAAACACGAAAUGGCAUUGUGCCUUUGUCAGUGGCUGAAGGCAGUUCUUUAGUUGAUGGAAUUAAGAGUAUACAGUCUCAUUUCAGUGAUAAUACUCCAGUCCAUUUUUUCGGUUUUAAAACUGCUAAAGGGGAAGCUAUGAGCAUAUCAGAAAAGAGUUUAAACAAUGCAAGGCACUUUUUUGAAGAGUAUGAUCAAAAAGCCAUAUAUAAUAAAGAAGUCAAGGUGGACAUUGGAGUAAUAAAGCCAGAGCAUGUUGAAACAGAGCCUACAUUCAGUACUUUUGACAGUAUGAGCACAGAAAAUAAAACCUACCUUCAGAUUAAACAAGAUGUAAAUUUCAGCUCUGGAAAUGUAAAUGCAGCGUGUAAAGAGAUACAUAAGCAAGUGACAGAAAAUGAAGGAAAAGAGCAGAAUUGUUUAGGUGAAAAAACAGAUGUUUUUUGUGUUGACUCCAAUAGUCAUUUUGGUUUUAGUUCAGCCAGGGGAGCAAAGCUGAAAGUGCCUGAAAAGGCUCUUCUGCAAGCAAGAAGACUUCUUAAUGAUGUUGACAGCUUAGAAGAGUCGCAAACACAGAAACUCACUAUCCAUGCUUCUGGAAACCAUGAUGCCUCUAUGUCAACAACUAGCCUUAAGAAAACAAAAGCAGUUUCUUGGAGUAAUACCUCUAUAAAAAUAAGUCAGCCGCACUUAGUAACCAAAAUAUCUGAUGGCGUGGAUAAGCUUUCCUUCAACAGCGAGAAGGUCUUUCAAGAACAGAAAUCUAGCAGUGAUCCUAAAGAAGUUUUCGCAAAGAUUUUUCCCUCAGAAACUUUUUCGCCUCAGUCAGAGGAAGGCUAUGGCUUUCAGACCGCCAGUGGGAAAGGAGUUUCAGUUUCAGCCGGUGCCCUUAAGAAGGCAAAGGCCAUAUUUAAAGACUGUGAUGGAAAUAUUGACUUGGAAUCUGCGAAAAUGGAGGGAAUCAAUGACAAACUGGAUGUUGAAAUCAAACAAGUAAAUGCAUUUACUCCAAACUGUAAACGUGUGACAUUUUCAAAUGUGUCACUCAUGGAGGCCAACACUGUCCUCAGAGACUCUGACCUGACUGAUGACUUCUUAUUGCUGCCCUCUUCAGUCCAGCAACCCCCUCAGGAAGAAGUAUGUGAGGAGAAAGGCCUUCAAAGUGACUUUUCUAAGCAUCCUUAUGAGUUGCUUCCUCCUAACGGCAACUGUGGUUUCAGUACUGCCAGUGGUAAGAAGGUGUCCAUCUCAGCUGGAGCACUACAAUGUGGUAAGGAUCUGUUAUCUGAGUCUGUUGAUGUUUUCUCAUGUGCUGAUGGAUAUCCAAAGACAAAGCAGGUUGUUGAUAUCCAAACGGACACUAGCUCUAUAAGAAAACACAAAGGAUUCUCUACAGCAGGUGGGAAGAAGGUGGCUGUCUCGGCUGCUGGGCUGCAAAAGGCAAAGAAUCUCUUCAGAGAUUGUGAAGAAGAGAGCUUAUCAUUUGAAGAUCUUCAGCACCAAAACUUUAAAGGUUUCAGUGAUGUCUCAAAAAAGCCACUGACUAAGAUAAGAACGGCAUUUGCAGGUUGCAGUGACAUCUCCUUCAGCCAUGAGCAUGAGACUGGGAAUUCUUCAGGAAAAAACAUAGGAUUUACCACAGCCGGUGGGAAGAAGGUGGCCUUCUCUGCUACUGCCCUGCAAAGGGCAAAGAGUCUUUUUAAAGAUUGUGAAGAGGAGAGUUUAGCUUCUGGGAGUCUUCAGCACCAAGUCUGUCAAGGUUUCAGCACUGCCAGUGGCAAAGAUGUUACCGUCUCCGAAAAGGCACUGAGUGAGGUUAGAGCAGCAUUUGCAGGUUGUGAUGACACCUCCUUUUGUCAUGAGCCUGAAAAUUCUUCAAGAAACAACAUAGGAUACUCUACAGCAGGUGGGAAGAAGGUGGCUGUCUCUGCUACUGGGCUGCAAAGGGCAAAGAGUCUUUUUAAAGAUCGUGAAGAGGAGAGUUUAGCUUCUGGGAAUCUUCAGCACAAAGUCUGUCAAGGUUUCAGCACUGCCAGUGGCAAAGAUGUUACAGUCUCCGAAAAGGCACUGAGUGAGGUUAGAGCAGCAUUUGCAGGUUGUGAUGACACCUCCUUUUGUCAUGAGCCUGAAAAUUCUUCAAGAAACAACAUAGGAUUCUCUACAGCAGGUGGGAAGAAGGUGGCCAUCUCUGCUACUGCAGUUCAGAGGGCCAAGAGUCUUUUUAAAGAUUGUGAAGAGGAAAAUGUAUCAUCUGAGGAAGUCCCACCUCAAGCUAAGAGUUCUCAUAAAAGCAGUGAGGACAUGGUGGAUGGAAACCUAAAGUUUGAACAACUAAACAAGAAAAAUUAUGGUUUCAGUACUGCGAGUGGGAAAGGUGUGUCUGUAUCAAAAGCUACCCUUGAGGAAGCUUCUAAAUUAUUCAGAGAUUGUGACGCCCAAGUUACUGUUACUGAUAGCCAGCUGCUACAGAGUGAUUCCUCAAAAUGCCGUCCUCAACAUAAAGGUAGACAAACCAAAACCACCCUGCGUCCUUUGCCAUCUAAAGCAACUCAGAAUGAACCUGCACAACUAGACUUGCACUCUUUGGAUUUUAACAGUUGCACAGACACCCAGCAGAAGUACUUUGAGCAGGAAGCAAUGGCUUGCACUAAAGCUUUACUGGCAGAUGAUGACCUGAAUGAAUCAGGCAGUUUGGCGUUGACAGAGGACCAAAAAUGUCCAUCUGUUAAUGAUCUACAGGCACAGGGAUCUUUUGGCCAUAAGAGAAGGAAGCGUCCGUUUGAUGCCAGAAAUGUAGCAGAUUCAGGUCAGCCUCCUUUGAAAAGACAACUUCUCUCAGAGUUUGACCGGACAUUAGAUACAAAGACCUCAGGCCUCGCACCACUUAAAAGCUGUUCAAACGGAACUUUAAGAGACAGGCGUGUCUUCAGUUACAAUGUCCACCUCAAGCCAAAUGUCACUGGUCCAGAUUGGCAUCCUGUGGACCAAAAGUCAGAUGACCUCAAGCAACCAUGUUCAACUGUAUCUGUCCAAAAUAGACGUAACUCAGACCCUAAAGGAGGGGUGUUUGUGCCCCCUUUUCAAAAGGAUAUGAAGACUGAGCCAUCAAACUGUCAAGAUGUCUCUAAAGUGUCAACUGGUUUUAUCCCACCUUUCAAGAAGGAGAACAAAGAAACAACUGAACAUAGCAAUCAAAUAGACCAAAAUAUGACAACUUCUGUAUCACAUAGUGACAAUGUUGCACAAUAUUGUGAUGGGAAGAACCUACAUGAGGGUUCUAACCCUCAACCAACCACUUCAGUGGAAACCAUACCUUUGAAAAUCAUGGACUCUGAAGAGAAAGACACAGAGGCAUGCUGGGAGAUCUUGAACCUAGCUAGGGAUAUGCAAGACAUGAGACUCAGAAAGAAGAAAAGGCAGACUAUUCGUCCACUAUCUGGCAGCCUUUACCUUGCUAAGACUUCUGGUGUCCCUAGAAUAGGUCUGAGAGAUGCUGUGGGGCGCAAAUGUCCUGGUCAAUACACACAGGAGGAGCUGAAUCAGCAUGGCGUACAUCACAAGGUCUCACUAAUAACAAGUGAAAAUGCUGAAUCAUUCAGAUUUGACUGUAAUGACUUCAAAUGUGAGCUCCUCAUGGAGACUGGUGCUGUCCAACUGGCAGAUGGAGGCUGGUUGGUUCCAGACAAUAAGGGUACUGUGGGCAAAGACAAAUUUUAUAGAGCACUGUGUGACACACCUGGUGUUGAUCCCAAACUGAUCAGUGAUGCAUGGGUAUUCAACCAUUACCGAUGGAUUGUAUGGAAACGGGCCUCCAUGGAAAGAACGUUUCCAGAUUUGAUGGGUAAUCUAUGUUUGACUCCAGAGCAAAUACUUCUGCAGCUAAAAUUCAGAUAUGAUGUGGAGGUGGACCACAGUCAGCGAUCCGCUCUCAGGAGGAUCAUGGAGAGGGACGACACUCCAGCUAAGACAUUAGUGCUUUGCUUAUGUGGUGUUGCUCAAACUUGUCAACAUCCAGAAAAGCCAGUGAAAGAUGACAAAUCUCCUAAUGCAAAGAUGGAGUCCUGUGUGGUCUGGCUCACAGAUGGCUGGUAUUCCAUCAAAGGCCUGUUAGACCCUCCGCUCUCUGCCAUGCUGAACAAGGGCCGUCUACGAAUCGGUGAUAAGAUUGUGACCAGUGGAGCCGAGUUGGUUGGUUCACAAGAAGCCUGUCCUCCACUGGAAGCUCCUGAAUCUCUGAUGCUAAAGAUUUUAGCCAACAGCACAAGACGAGCUCGGUGGGACACUAAGUUGGGUUACUAUCGUGACCCUCGGCCUAUCAGCUUUCCACUAUCAUCACUGUUCACUGCUGGAGGUGUUGUGAGCUGUGUGAACAUUGUGGUGUUAAGAAGUUACCCCACUCAGUGGAUGGAGAAGAAGCCUAACGGUGUCUUUAUAUUUCGCAACGAUCGUGCAGAAGAUCGAGAGGCCAGAAAACACAGCAACUCCAAGCACAAAUCCAUGGAUUUUCUUAUUACCAAAAUACAGACCCAGUUUGAAAAAGAAAUGGAAGGUAACAAGAAAAGUCGAGACCAAAAGAGGACAUUUAGUCGACAUGAGGUUGAAGCUCUGCAGGAUGGGGAAGAGUUGUAUGAGGCAAUGGAGCGGGAUCCUGCUGUUGAGACCCAUCUAUAUGCGAGUCAGAUGGAUGCAGUGAGUAAGUACAGACGCUGUUUGGAGGAAAAGAGGCAGGCGGAGCUGCAGGAGCGUGUGCAGAAAGCUGUAAUGGAAGCCCAGGAGGCUGAGGGUGGGUGUCCCAAUCGAGAUGUAACUCCUGUUUGGAAGCUCAGCAUUACCGAUGGCAAAGAUCUGCAGAGCGACUGUGUUUACACCCUGAAUAUCUGGCGCCCAUCGCAGGACUUGUAUGGCUUGCUCAGAGAGGGCCACAGAUAUAGGGCGUAUAAUCUUGCCACAUCAGAGGGGAAGAAACGCUCAGGCAUUGCUCACAUCCAGUUCACUGCCACCAAGAAAACACUCUUCCAGGAUGUUGAGGUGUCUCCAGAAUGGGUGCAUCAGCAUUUUCGUGCUCGAGAAUGUGUACGCUUCAAAGAACUUCAAAACCCUCAAUUCAGUUCACCUUGUGGGGAGGUGGACAUAGUGGGAUGUAUUGUCUCAGUAGAGGGCAAACAAGGCCAUUGCCCAUUACUGCAUCUUGUGGAUGAGAACUUUGACCUGGUCUCUGUGAGAACCUACAGUAGUCUGGAGCAGUUAGCUGUAGAAGAGCUGGUAAAGCCGAGAGCACUGGUCGCUCUUAGUAAUCUUCAGGCGAGGCCAUACUCUGGACCUGUGCCAAGCCUUUAUGCAGGAGAACAAGCAGUAUUUUCUGUAAACCCCAAAGAAUCCCAUCUGCAAGAAGCUAUGACCCGUCUGAAGACUUUUGUCCAGACUUGUGAGGAUUUUUUUAGCAUUGCGGAGGAGAAGGUCUCAGAUGUGGUUCCUUCAGGUGUCUUGGGUUCAUUUCAGUCUCCAAGAACUUCUUGUGUGCAGUCUAAUCCAAAAAUUAAUUGCAGGGUAACCCCACAGCAGAAGAGCAGCAUUUUCUCACCUUUCACUCCACUGAAUAGGAGAACUCCUGCAUCUGCAUGUAACAGCGAGGGAAAAGACCCCAAAAGUUUGAAAAGAAGGCGCGGUUUGGACUACCUGUCACGUAUCCCAUCCCCUCCACCCCUCACUCCUCUGAAAAAUACAGCUUCUCCCUGCAUUAACAGGACCUUCAAUCCACCACGGAGAUCUGUGACUCCCAAACCUCCACAGAAUGAGUCACCUCGAGCCUUGUGUCCCCCACCGGGCGAGGAGAAGUGGGUGCAUGAUGAAGAGCUGGCGAUGAUAGACACCCAGGCGUUACUGGAAGGCUGAUGGGAAAAGUGUGAUUCUCCUGAUGAAACACUAAAUAGAGUGUCCCGCCUAAACUGUCACCACAGAAGCAGCUGUCCCGAUCGCAGCGCACCACAAGUUUUACAGUGACGUUGUUUUGCCUCGGCUGUGUGUGGCUGGUGUCCUGUCAUGAUAACACGGCAGCCAAAUCUGCAUAAGGGAUCAAAGAUGAGAUUCCUCCUUACAAACAGCACAACACAUUGCAAUUACAAACAUCUGGCGUCAGCUGGGUACAGAUGUCAGGCCAUGCCCACACCCCUAAAACCAUCAGGAUGCGGUCCAGAUGUGAAGAGGUCCAUCUGACGUAAGAUACAGAUGUUGCUGUUUCUCAGACCACCUCAAAG